AUGAGUAUAGUGGAAAAAUACACCAUGACAAACAUCCAAAAUAUCCCGGAUAGCCCAGCUAGCUUCAAGGACGCUUUAACUUCCCUUGAUUGCAGCCCAGCAUCAGGAAACACCAACCAACAAACGAUCUCCUCAUUAACUAGACUUAUUCAGGAAUCGUCUACUUCAAGUUUAGCUUCUACCCCUGCAAUUUCGCACAAUGCAUCCGAAGUGUCCUUGGAUAAGAAAGCAUCUGCCAAUAAUAGCAUACUAUCACAAAAUUUAAAAGCUUCUAGUUCAGGAUUAUCCUUAGAAUUGAACAAAAAAGCUACCACUGCUGUAUCAACCGGCGACGCAACUACUACUUCUACUAGCGCCACCUCGAUUGCGGUCCCCAUGAAGAAAGACACUUCCAAUGGUACUUUUACUAUUGGCAGUGCCCAUGAUGAAGUUCCAUCCAUUUCAUCUAUGACUCCUACUUCACCAUAUACAAGGCAAUAUUCAAACUCAUUUUCACAAAACCAAUUAUUUCAAAAUAAAGAUGUAAAAUCAACUUCAAGUCCAAGAAUUAUAAAGAAUAACUCAAGCACUCAUUCAAGCUUUUACAUUGGUGGUGAAAGUUUAUAUUCAUCAAUUCCAUACUCUGCACCAGGUGGGAAUAAAAAUGGAAGUAUAAGUUCUGCAAGCGCCAAUAAUGGAACUAGUAUCACAUCACCUGCUGGUGGCGCUGCAAUGAAUCGCGAAGGUUCGCUUUAUUCUAAUAAUGAACUGGGAUCAACUGCACAUAUUCCCAAUUUACCAAAUGGUCAACCUAUUUCAUCAAUUCAUAUUCAAUCUCCACAAGUUAGUUCUUCAGCGAUAGAACCAAGAUUUAUAAUUUCAAAACAAAGAGUAGCACAAGCUCAAGCACAACAACAAGCUGCUCAAUUAUCCAGUUCUCAACAAAGAUCAGGAUCACAAUCAUCUUUGUCACUCUUUUUCUCACUGAAGAGUAAAGCACCAAGAAAAGAUUCGACUACUGAUUUAGGUUAUUUUUAUAAUAAUUCAUAUCAAGAGGCUCCAACAAUGAUGGGCACUUCGCCAUCUUCAGUUUCAUCAUCCGAAUCAGUAUCAAACGUUCCACCAGCAAGACAAGGUUCAAUGUCGAACUUGAAACGAUUCUUUAAAAGAUCAAGUAGUAAAAGUGAAGUUCAACCUUCAAACUUAUCCGCUUCCUUAAGAUCGAAUUCCGGUAGUAUGACAAUUCCAAGUCCUGUUGCGGUCAGUUCAUCAUUUCAAGGUGGGCAUUCAUAUACCAAUACAUCCAUUACUACUACUUCAUCCAAUAAUUCAAUGUCACAAUCUCCAGGUACUUACAACGGACCCGGUUCAAUGACACGUACGAACACAUUGCAGAAUAAGAUCAAUUAUCAAGAACGUAGACAAUCAAUACUGACAGUUAUGAAUCCAGCACAACAACUCCCAUUCUCAAAGAGAUAUAGUAAGUUUGGUGAAAGUUUAGGUGCUGGUGCUGGUGGUGCGGUGAAAUUAGUUAGUCGACUUUCAGAUAAGAAAGUGUUUGCAGUUAAAGAAUUUAGAGCUAAAUAUCCUAAUGAAUCCAAACGUGAUUAUGCCAAAAAGAUCACCGGUGAAUAUUGUAUUGGAUCAACCUUAAAGCAUCCAAAUAUUAUUGAAACUGUUGAAAUUUGUUAUGAAAAUGAACGGAUUUUGCAAGUUAUGGAAUAUUGUGAUUAUGAUUUAUUUGCAAUUGUAAUGUCAAACAAGAUGAGUCGAGAAGAAAUUAAUUGUUGUUUUAAACAAGUUUUAUCCGGGGUUCAUUAUUUACAUUCUAUUGGUUUAGCUCAUCGUGAUUUAAAAUUAGAUAAUUGUGUGAUUGAUAAUCGAGGUAUUGUAAGAAUCAUUGAUUUUGGUUCCGCAGUUGUAUUUUCAUACCCAUUCACCAAAACAUUAAUUGAAGCUCAAGGUAUUGUCGGAUCUGAUCCAUAUCUUGCCCCUGAAGUUUGUGUGUUUAACAAAUAUGAUCCAAGACCAGUUGAUGUUUGGUCAGUGGCAAUUAUUUUUUGUUGUAUGAUAUUGAAAAAAUUCCCUUGGAAAGUACCCAAAUUAUCCGAUCCAAGUUUUAAAUUAUUCGCUGCUAGACCAGAUCUGGUAAUUACACCACUUGUUGAACUUUUGAAACGAACUCCACAAGAUCAUCUUACUGAAUCAUCUACUAAUAGUUCCGGUGGAGGGUUAAGUAGUCUUGGUGAUAUUUCAGAAGCACUCGAAGAAGUGGAUGCAAGUGCCGCUCAUGCUGCCGGUGCUAAUGGUGCUACUGGAGGUGAUCAACCCAAAGACCAAACUUCCACUGAAGUAGGUCCUGAUCGUCUUUUAUUAGCAUUACCUGAAGAUUGCCGUGGCUUGAUUGGAAGAAUGCUUGAAUUGGCACCUGCUUGUCGUAUCACUAUUGACGAAAUUAUGCAGGAUGAUUGGUUGAAUAGUGUAAAUAUGUGUACUGUUGAUCAACGAAUUGAAACUGGGUCCGGAAAUGUGACCUGUCAUGUUAUGAAUUGUUCUGAUCAUGAGCAUACUCAAGUGGACCAAUCUAUGGCUCAUAUUGCUGCUUUUGAUAAGACUAAGAAGAAGUAG